AUGUCGUCGUCAUCCACUGGCCCAAUUGUUCAAACAAAAAACCUCGAAGUUCCAAGAUCUGUUAUUUAUAAACUUUAUAUACAUACUUUAUGCAUGGUGGUUCUUCCGAUUUCCACAUACUUUUAUACUUCCAAGUAUUUUUUUGAAGGAGAAAAUGGUCCAACGAAAGCUGCGCUCUCUGCUGCUGGCAUCGCAAAUGCAGUUGUAAUUUCUUUCAUAAUCACUGCCUUCAUGGAAGAUUCUGGUGAAAAACAUCAAAAGCGAGA